GUGGCGUGUCUGGCGCUUGCAAAAAGCUCCGCGGCUCAAACCCCUUGCAGACUCUGCAACAGGCUGUUUGCGGCCGCCGAGCUCGGCCCUUCUGCUCCACCAUGCUCGCGGCCACAGGCUACAUUUUCGUGAAUCUAUGAGUUGAAUCACUGUUUCUACGAUGGACGCCCAAUCCGUGGACCUUCAAAGGGGCGAAGGCGAGCUGGAGCUGCUGUACCGCAAUUACUGCGUGCGCCUGAAGCACUCGUUGUUCGUCGGCUGCGUCGGGGUGGCCGCCGCAUUCACCUCGCUCCUCCUCGUCGCCCUGCUCGUCUUCUGCCAAGUGCUGUCAGAAUGCUGGCAGGAGCUGGUAGUGGCGUCGAGCCUUCUGGUGGUGCUGCUGGCGACGCUGCUGGUGGCGCACACGCCGGCCGUGCAGAACUCGGUGCGCUUCGGCGCCACCCUCGGCCUGCUCGUCUUCAGCACGGCCUUCGCCUCGAUAAUCCUGCUGGUGGGCGGCCGCGACUCGAGCAGGGCUGUGCCGCUGUUCGCCCUGUUGCUCGCCGUCAACACCAUGCUGCCGCUGCCUUGGCUGCUGGCCGUCGGCCUCUCGGUGCUCGUCGUCGCCACAAACGCCACCAUCUCCAUCGCCAAUCAAUACCCCAACCUUCACAUCCAGUUGUUGGCCGACGCGAUUUUCCUCGCGAGUGCAAGUGCGACGGGUGCCUAUUAUCGAGCGCUGACCAACGCGGCGCACCGCAGGACGUUCAAGGGCACGCGGACGUGCAUCGAGUCGCGCGUCAAACUCGAGUGCGAAAAGGAGCAACAAGAGCAGCUGCUGCUCAGCGUCAUCCCAGCCUACAUCGCCGCCGAGGUGAAACGGAGCAUCAUGCUGAAGAUGGCAGACGCGUGCCAAGAGGUGGGCGGAAAACAGACGCGCUUCCACGACAUGUUUGUCCAACGACACAAUAACGUCAGCAUCCUGUACGCGGACAUCGUCAACUUCACGCCUCUGUCGGAGAAACUGACCGCCUCGGAUCUCGUCAAAACCCUCAACGAGCUCUUCGGCCGCUUCGAUCAAAUCGCACAAGAAAAUCAAUGCAUGCGCAUCAAGAUCCUGGGCGACUGCUACUACUGCGUGAGCGGGCUGCCCGUGUCGCGACCCAACCACGCGUACAACUGCGUCAAGAUGGGCCUGCAGAUGAUCGAGGCCAUCAGAUUUGUGCGAGAGGCGACGGGUUUCAACGUGGAUAUGAGAAUCGGCAUCCACACCGGCAACGUCCUUUGCGGCGUGUUGGGCCUGCGAAAGUGGCAGUUUGACGUCUGGUCAGACGACGUCACCUUGGCCAACCACAUGGAGUCGGGCGGUGUACCAGGGCGAGUGCACAUCACAAAGGCGACGUUGCUGCAGCUGGGCAACCGCUUUGAGGUGGAGCCCGGAAACGGCGGCUCGCGCGAGGGCUACCUGGACGAGCACAAAGUCGAGACGUUUCUCAUCAUUCCGCCAAAGAACUCGGGCGAGAACGAAAUAGGUGGCGACAAGGCAAGGGGCGCGCACGCCAAAAUGACCAAGUACAUGGAGUGCUGGGGCGCUGACAAGCCCUUCGCCAACAUCACUGAAAACACUCUCGCCAAAAAUAUCGGACUCACGAGUAUUGCUGCGAUUGAAUCAAACCUUCUGCCAGGAAGAAAUUCCUGUCUGGACUGCGGAAUUUCAGAAGACUUGAACCCCAUUCUGUUGUGGUUCAAAAGCCGCAGUCAAGAAAAAUCUUACCAGACUCAGAGCGACUCAAACUUCAAGUUCUACGUCUCAGGCGCCCUCGGCCUCUUCCUCUGCAUUGCUGCCAUUCAGAUCUUGACUAUCCCCGUGGACUUUCUUCUUUUGAGCACACUUGGCGCAACUUUGGCAGCUCUUUUGCUGAUUCUCUUCUUCACGUGGAUAAGGGAGCCUUGCGCCCUGGUAACUUUCUACGGGGAGGACUCGGAGGGGAUUGUGGGCAGCUCUGAAGGACUGAGAAUGGCCGUUUUUCUCAUUGUGGAGGCCCUCAUUUCUGUCUCCACGUUGGCCCCAGUGUUUUACUUCUCCUCGGAUCGGCAAGAGGAAAUUUACAUUGGACUGAAUGAAACUAAUGGCCAAAUAUAUGAGGUGCUGAACGCAACCGCUCUAGACGCACCAUCAAAUUCAACCCUUAGCGUCACUCCAAUUUAUAUCAUGGGUUCGGUACUGAGUUUGGCCUCGAUUUCCGUCUUCCUGCGGGUCAGUUUGCUUCUCAAACUUUGUCUGCUGGCGGCGGUCACUAUUGCCCACCUGUUCACCUAUAUCACCCUGUGCUCCGCUCAGUUCACCCAGUACUACUUCAAGAUAGAAGACGGCCUUUCCGAACUGCCGUUUGAGCUCCAGCUUGUACUGUGUAUGACCUUGGUGGCGUCUGUCCUGCACAUUUUGGACAGACAAAUCGAAUUCACGUCAAGGGCAGAUUUCCUCUGGACGGCAAAACUCAAGGUUGAGCAAGAGGAAGUGGAGACUAUGAGAGGCAUCAACAAAAUUUUGCUAGAGAACAUUUUGCCUGCUCACGUGGCGGAAAAAUUUCUUUCACCCACUCCAGUCCAAAAGCAAGAUUUGUAUCAUGAGCGUUACGACUGCAUCGCAGUAAUGUUCGCGUCAAUCCCAAACUACAAGGAAUUCUAUGACGAGACCGACGUGAACAAACAAGGUCUCGAGUGCUUGCGGCUCCUCAACGAAAUAAUCUGCGACUUUGAUAAGCUGUUGUUGAAGCCGAAAUUCAGCUGCAUCGAGAAAAUCAAAACCAUCGGCAGCACUUAUAUGCUCGCCUCGGGACUCAGGCCUGGCGAGUUGGGGCAAGGAAAGAAAGAUGUUUCGCGGCAAGAGCACCACGUGGUGGUCCUGGUCGAGUUUGCCGUCGCCCUGAUGAGCAUCCUGGACCAGAUCAACAAAGAUUCAUUCCAGAGGUUUCGCCUCCGAAUUGGUCUGAGUCACGGGCCCGUGAUCGCCGGAGUGGUCGGUGCCCAGAAGCCUCAGUAUGACAUUUGGGGCAACACCGUCAACGUUGCCUCGCGCAUGGACAGCUGCGGCGUCAUGGGACGUAUUCAGGUGACGGAGGACACGGCGAGGGUGCUGAUGUGCUGCGGCUACGAGUGCGAGAGCCGCGGCCUGAUCUACGUCAAGGGCAAGGGUCAGCUGACGACCUAUUUUGUCAAAACCCAGUUCGACUCGAUCAAAUAAUAACCUGCAAGAAAAAUCAAAAUCUUUGUGUUCACAAUGCACCGGCGCGUCGUCCGGCAGAAUCGUGUUUUGUUCCUAAUAAUCCAAGAGAUAGUGUUUUUGGUCAUACACACGCUUGAAUCUCAUUGCAUUUUUAGCCGUUAAGUCACAAAGGCAAUAGAAUAGAGGCGAUUUUAUCUUGUUGCGUCACAAAACGAAAUGUUUAGCUCAGAUAUAUAUAUUUGUCCGUUUGUGCUUUUUAUAUAUUCGAUUUUUUCUCUACGAAUUUUAAAACACAUAAAUGUGUCGAGUUUGCCAAUUUUUCGUGCGUCGCAAAAGCUAUAAGAAAUAAUAAUUCAAAGAUCAAAAUCUGUGUUAGAGAAUAAAAUAUUAUGUAAAAAAUAAAGGCUUUUAGAGAACAUUAUAGGAAAACUGAAGGCAAUAAUAUUGGUUGUUGUUAGGGUUUGCGAUUGAUUUUUGAUCAUUAUAUUUCUAUAUUUUCAGCGCCAACGCAUCCAUGGUUGUGUAUUGAAAUAAUUUAAAGAUAAAUAAAAUAAAUUCGGAUGUAUAUC